UUUCAAACAUGGAGGUUAAAAUUCAUAUCGAAACUGAAUUUCCAGUGCCAUAUAAAACAACAGAUUUGAAAAUUAAUUUAGAAAACCUCGAAAGUAUUGGCGAUAUGAAGAAGAAGCUACAGCCUCUGCUCAGCGUUGCGGCGUGUGAUAUGUCUGUUUACCACAAGACACAGGUACUUUUAAGUCCAAAAUUAGAAAACAGAAAGAAAAUAUCGAAUUUGUAUGUGCGAGAAGGCGACACGUUUAUUGUUAAAUUUAUAAGCGUGUGCAAGUUACAUUUCUUGUCGAAAUUUCUUGAUGAUAUGAGAGCGUUUGUGAAGGAUGUUUGUGAGACUUUUUCAGAAGGGGAUAAGAUUAAGGAAUGUAUAGAUUGGAAUGAUGAUACAGCAUCGGCCAUUGAUAAUUGUUAUCGAACUGUGUUACGCAGUUUAGAGGAAUGUGCCCACAAUGAGUUUGUGCCGUGGAACUGCAGGUCGACGAUUGCGAACAGACACUAUUUUGCACAAGAAGGUGGUUUGGAGCUGUUGGCAAGAAUCUAUAAUUUUGCUUCAAAAAAGCGUUAUCCUUUAGGAGUUAGGUAUGUGGCUGGCUGUUUGUAGGAAUGUACUCCCCACCCCCUCCCCCAUUGCUAGUGAUGGGCGAUACCAAGAAUAUCGAUUCGAUUACGAUUACACUACUUUUCGGACCAACUAUCGAAGUAUCGAUUACUCAAACGAUUACUUAUUGCAUAAUUCUUCUAAUAUGUUGAUAAUUACCUACAAAGACUUUUAUAUGAUUAAGAACAAUUCAAUCACUUUGCUUUGUUUACAGAACUAGCUGUCUUCUCGAAAUAAUUCCACACCACACUUUGUAAAAAAGGCUGCAGAUCUGCUGUAGCUGCGUUUUCAGCCAUAUUGUUUCAAUGUUUUUUUCUUCUAUUUUUCCGCCAUUUUUGUCUUAUACCUAGCAAAUACAAAAUAAAAUGGAGAGAACAGACAAAUACGCAGCUAAAACACUUGCAAAAUGUGCAGAUUUUUGUUUUAAAUAUUGCCGAAAAGUAACCCUUAUGGUAAAUUCAGCGAGUAAUCAAAAAUAUUUCAAUACCACUCUGGUAUCGAUUACUCCCGGUAGUAGCCUGGUAUCUAGCGGUAUCGAUUACUCGGUAAUCGGUAGUCGCCCAUCACUACCCAUUGCAAUCUAGCUCAACAACAUUUUCCUUUUAAGUACUAGUUAAAACAUGAGCAGCCGAUCUUUAUCUGAUAUACAAGCUCAAUCCGAAGGCAAGAGUUUGUAUAUCAGAUAAAGAUUGGAUGCAAAUAUAAUAAUAAUUAACGAUUAUUCGGCGAAGGCAAGGUGAUUAUUUGGCGAAUUAUGAGGUGAAUAAUUGUUUUAGUAUUUUUACACUAGUCUUUUGUGUUUUUUUUUUGGAUUUGAAUUUAUUUUAAUUUUGCUUAUUUCUUUAUCAACAAAACGGCUAGCUGCCAUUUUGAAAAUUUCGGUUUUGUUAUAUUUAGGGAAAGUACAUUUAUUACACCGAGGGAGGGGGAUGAAGAUGUCUUGAAAAAAGCUCAUAUUUUUACAGGGCCCCUGUUGAGGUUAUCGGUAAAUUUCGAUGCCCCCCCUCCAAGUUUUUAAAAUUUUCAAUGCCCCCCCCCCCUUUAGAAUUCGGAAUCGAAGGAGUACAAUCCGGAAUUCACUCUUAUCAUAGAUACAAUUUGCAGUUCCUCAAGAUGUCUGAUAUACUCAAGUGCUUCUCCUCAACAAAACUACCGAUCUGCUGCUUCUUUCAUCUCACUAGCGCCAGAUGAAAUGGCACCGUCUUUAAAACAUUUUAAAUUGGCUCUGGGGGUGGAAUUAUCAACAGGUUGUUGUUGUCCAUCAUUCAGCGUAUUCGGAGUCUUGUAGUGGCCGGGAUUUCCUGGAUCAGGGUAAUGUGCUGGAACCUUACAGUAUGUUGCCCCCACCCAACGUAUCUCCCGGCAUCUGUUGCAAAUGUCUUUGCAUGCCUGUCAAGAAUGCAUGCAAAAGUGCCAGUAUGCUUCAAUUUCUUUAAUUUCCAUCCCGUUUGUACGAAAUAUCCCAUAAACAUAGAACAUAUCAUUCUUGCAAAUUGUAUAUGCUUUUUUGCUUUUUGGCGCGUAAAUUACUUCACAAACCUGGCGCAAAAAGGUUUAAAAUAAGCUAUAGGUGAUUUCCUGUAUCCAUUUAGAAGAGCAGACUAAGGAUAUCUUAAAACUAAAAUCGGUUUCGAAUACAACCAUCAGGGACGUAGCAAAGCAUCUGACAUUUGGGGUGGGGGGGAUGUCAGAGGAUUAUACGUGUAAUAAUUAUAAUAAAGCUUUUUGUGAUUGAUUGGCACUCUCAUACUAAGUUUUGGGAGAAAAGGGGGUCUGGGUGUCCUCCCCCAGAAAAUUUUUACAUUUUUGAAGCUCUAGGACUGAAUUUCUGGCGUUUUCUAAAGCAAAUUUCGCAAACAAAUUGCAUGUAAAUUGACUGUAUUUUACAAAAAUGGUUAUCAUUUCACAAAAAUAAUUACUUUAUUACGCAAAUUUUACUUGAAACUGAUGUAAAAAUUUUAACUUUAAUUUGCUGGGGUCAAACCUUUGAAAAGUUUAGAGCCCCCCCUUCAGUAUAUCAAGAACUUUCAGAGCCCCCCCUUUAAUGCCAGAAAAUAUUUCGGAGCCCCCCCUUAACAUCUUCAUCCCCCCCCCCCCUCGGCAUAAUAAAUGUACUUUCCCUUACCUGUUGGUGAAUAUAACGGCUUAAGGUUACUCCAAUCAUAUGAUGAAAACAUUGAUGAAAACAUUGAUAUACGCUCUAAAUUUUGUGUCGGUGAGUGGUGAGCGUACCAGUCAUGUGGCAGAUUUGUGGCUAUGAACGGUCGCUUAUAAAAACAUUGCCUAUUUGUGUGUUCUGCUGGGGUCUGCACCGUAGGCUAAUUCUCGUGAGAAUCUUAAGUUUUCUUAUUUUGACAUAAUAGCUAUUUUUCAAUAAAUAUACUGAUAUUUCAAACUUAUUGAAUGAUCAAUAUUUUAAGUUUCACGCCAGUUGUACCAAAGGUUUAUGUAAGCGCUAUAGCACAUGAUAAGUUUCAGAUGGCAUGCAACAUGUACGCACUGCGUACCUAUUUUUUACAUUUUUGUCGAUUUAUAUCGAGGGGCUAGAGAUCUUUCCAUUUCCGCAAAUAUUUUUAAAAAUAUUAAAAUGCAACCGAGAUAUAACUGAAAAUGUUAUAGUCUAAUUUUUUUGCCGGGAAAGUUUUGAUUGUGAUUGACAGUUUGUGGAUAAGUGUGACCACAGGCGGUAUUCAACAUUGGGCAUUUUAGGUAUAGCUAUAUCAUUGUAAUAACAGGAUCGUACACAACACAGUGAAAUUUGCUUUCUAAGUAAAUGCAGGUUUAAAAAGUGAUCAAUCUUCAGGCCAAACGUAUAUGUGUGAGCGCUAUGCCUUGAAAAUCAAAUGCUUCCGUAGGUUUGCUUCGUUUGCCUUUGCGUUUCGCCGGUAUGUUCAAAAUAUUAGCAAGUUUUGCUGAGUUUCGCACGUGGCUUGACUGUCUGGAUUCUCGCAAGUGUUGCGAUAAACUGCAUGAUAAAAACUAUAUAUAACUAUGCGUGUGCUGCUUUUCAUCUUGUAAUUGAUGCCGAACUCUGAAAUGAAACCCAGCCAAAACACACUUUAAAAAGUCGAACCUGGCUUACAGUUUGCAGUGAUGACAGUGGGCGGAGAAACAUAACAGAGAACGGAAAAAUUCCACAAAAUCACUUUUUGUCUUUUACAGAGAAAACCGUGUUCGCGUUUUUCUUUUAAUGCUUUAGUUUUCAAAUUAUAGGCUUCUGUUCUAUCGUUAUUGCAAAUUUUUGAUGAGUCAACUUAUCUGCUUUAUAUCUCGGCAAAUAUAAUACCUGUAAAAAAAAACGCGAACACGGUUUUGUUCUUUGAUGAUCAUUUAACAUGGGAAAUGUGAUAUUUCGGAAGCUUCUGAGUUUAAUCGGAUGGUUCUAAAGCUUGUCGCGCCAAGUGCGUCAUAUUUUCAAAAGCAGCUUGUAGCAACCAUGGUUUUUAAAAAUGUAUAAUUUUUGUUAAAGUAGUAGCAGCAGCAACGAUUUAUCGUUGUGAAUGCCAAAUUUGAGGGGGGGACUUAAAAAAUUAGUGCGUGGCGAGCAUUUUCCUGAAAUGGACUUUUGUCCUGUGGAGUAAUCUUAAUACGUCAAAUUUGACCAAUCAACUUGUAGGAUUUGUUAUAUUGACUUGUGCAAAAAUACUAAUAUUUAAUAUUUCUAUUGCACGAUUUUAGUUCAUUUUACGUAACUAUGCGCCAGAGCUCUCCCCUUGAUAAGUAAAAUAAUUUGGUGUUCGACAGCGUAAGACAAUAAAGUAUGUAGGGCACAUUAGGCUGUAAUAUGCAACUUAAUGAUUGGGUUAAUCACCAAGAAACCCUCAAAUAUUUUUUUAUUUAUUACUAAUUUUUUUUAUUUUAGUGACAGGGACUUGCAAAUAGCAACGUAUUUUAAUCUAAAACAAAAUGAAUUGGAAGUGUUUUGUCUUCAGUGUCUGUGGAAUUUCUCUGAAAUUAAAGAAGAUCGACGGAUGGUUUUAAGAUCUAUUGGUCUAGAGCCAUUCAUUCACUCUCUUCUCAAAGUCUCGCCAGAUGCUGACGACGGCGUUGAGCAUGUUUACAUUAACCAAGCUUCUGUGGGAUGUUUAGCACAGUAAGAAGCCAAUUUCUUGAUCCCCCCCCCGAAAAAUCAUGUUUGGAGUGUCUGAGCAAUUUUCAAAAAUACUAAAUAUGCAAAAUUGUGCCAUAGAAUAGAGAGCCACCCUAUUGUUUGCAAUGAUUCGUCAUCAAAAUGCAUUUGCUAUGUUCCUAGCCAGUACGCUUAUGAGAGGCAUUUAUCCCCCUGAACAUCCACCAUUUUGAAUAUUUUCAGGGGGGUGAAUGCCUCUUGUGAGUGCACUGGACAAUGUUGCAGUGUUUAUGCCAAAAUCAUAGGCAAAACCAAGGAGCUAGUUGACCUAAAAGUAAGGUGUCCAUUCAGCAACUGUGCCUUUUAUACCAAAAUUAAGUAAAUCAACAUAAGUGGAAGAAUCACCAAAAUAAUUCUUUUUCAUUUUAGAUAUGUUGAGCUGCCAGACAUCCAACAAAUUUUAGCCGAGAACCAUGAAGUUUUAUCAAAACUUCUCUGGCUUACAUCCAAUGGUUCAGACUCUUAUCAGAAAGAGGUUGCAGCAAAUACAUUAUUUUGUUGCUCUAAUCAUCCCAAGGCUGCUAGAAAGAUCAUUGAAAAUCAAUGUUAUCGUUCGGUUCUUGAAAAGGCCCAAGGGUUGGAAUUGGCUCGCGAGGAUCUUUCUGCUUUGCCUUUCACAACUGCUGUUGCGUGAGUAUAUAAAUGCCUGUCUCAAGAUUCUGGGGAUCUCAUUCGUUUUAACUAAUUGUUUGAGUGAUUUGUAGCUCAGUUGGUUAGAGCACUGCACCGGAAUUGCAGGGCUGCAGGUUCGGCUGAUAGUUGCAUUUUUCGCCGGUUAUUUCUCGAAAUUACAAAGGAAAAUAUUUCAUCCUUAAUUACCGCAGAGAUGUCAAGGAAAAGGUUUCUUCCUUUUCUAACUUAAAUUUUACACAAUAAUAGUCUUUGUUAAAUAUUUGGAUAAAAUGACAAAAGUCACAAAACAUCCAAAACCUAACUCGAAAAGUUUUUUAAAAAUAUUGUCAUUUCCAAAUCAUGACUCGCUCAAAUAUUGGAGACUAAAAGGCAAUGCCAACAGUCAUAUGUCAAUUCAAUGCAGGCCUCGAAUUUCCCUGAAAUCAAUCGACGGCAAUGGCGUUAAAAAUUGCCGUAGAACGUAACAGCUGUCUACGGCAAUUUUGGCAGUUUCCACGGCAUUUUUCAAAUUACUGUAAUAAAACUUUAAUUUUAUUGUUACUUUGGAUUUUUGACAAGCUAGAAACAUGUCUACGUAUUUCUUUAGUGUGUUUUUUUUCGAAGAAAACUGAGACUAAAAUAGUGAUUUACGCACGAUUUGAUCAACAUCUGAAUUCAAGUAUCAAAGUAGAUUUAAUGCACAGUGGAUAGUAUAAAAAUUGCACUAUACGGCAAAAAAUUGCCGUCGUUGCCGCAAUGAUCAACGGCAUUUUGUUCUCCCUCUACGGCAAUUGCCGCGAUAAAAUUCGAGCCCUGAUUCAAUGUGUAAAUCAAUCAGAGCCACUAUCAUACUGUCUUGAUCAUUUUCCGAUUUGUCAGGAGGUAACUGAUGUCUCCGAAGAAAGUACAUGUGUAGACUACAUGACACUUUAGACUGCAGAAAAUUGCACAUUCAAGCAGUUAUCAAACUCAUGUAACAGAAGUGGUAAAGGACAUGUGUGAGUGUGACAAGUUUACCAUUAGUAACAUUUUUGCCCAGGGGUGCAGGGUGUUUAAUUUCUAAUUGAUAUUUGAAGUUGGGUAAAAUUUUUUUGACUUUUUAAUGGUUGGAUCAGCAGAAUUUUUACCAAGAAAAACAUUUUUCUUUGGUUCCACCCCCGCCACAAAUAAUGACAGGUCCCUCAACACAUUGGGAUCCGGUACAAUGACAAAAUAUGCGAGGGGUCCAAAUCCGCUAGCUAAAGCGGAUAUGGACUCCCCGGUGCAUAUUCGCUAGCGGAUUUGGACCGGGGGGUCCAUUUUGAGAGGUGUCCAAAUCUGCUUGGACAACGGUGUCGGAUGAUAAAUUAAUAGACCAUCCUUUUUAGAUACUUUUUCUGUUUAUUCUUGGCUAACAUCCAAACUUUGCCCGAAGAAAACCUGCUUCCUUACGACGAAAUACAGCAAAUCAACCAAGUCUUAGAAGCUUUCCUGCACGUAGUCACUCCUUCCAAAAUUGGCCGUUUUCAAGAAGAACAUAGUUAUGUGUGGAUAAGCUUAAUUCCUUUUCUCCAGUUAGCUUUGGCAGGACCGAGUAGGCCUUUUGGGACUGAGAAUGAGCGACUUCAGACUCGUCCCCAGGUCUCUGUGGAUCCACGCUCGGAAAUCGGAACCCAACCGGGUGAAAAAAGUUGCGAUGCGGAAAUUUCCAACAACCGUGAAAUUGGUCCGUAUAAUUUUUCCCCGGCGGAAAAAAUCGGUUUGUUCUGCCUUUGUCAUUUGGCAAAUACCCCGGAAAACAGAGAGCUGUUUAAAAAGGAAAAACUUGAAGAUUAUUUAAUUUGUGUUUGUUGGUUUGCACAACGCUGUCCCGAAGUCGCUGAUUUAACACCAAAACUUGAUGGAUUCGAGCGCUUAGAGCCACCACGCUUAGAAUCAAUAGCAAAAGCAUAUCUUUCAAAAUGUUUCGGUGAAAAAAUAAUGUAGGAAAAUUGGAAUGGGAACCUUUAUUUAUAGGCUAUUUAAUAGGAACUUUAUUUAUUGAGAAAUGCAGUAAAAAUCCGCACAAAAAAAACACCAUUUUUUAUGUCAGGGGCGGCAGUAGGCGGGGAUUGUGUGGGGGGACCCGUCGGCAAAACAUGAAUUGGAUAGGAAGGAACGAUAAGAAAAUAUUUGAGUAAAAGCUCUGAAAAGUGAAAAUUCUUUUUCAUCGAAAAAAAUGUUUUCUUUCUGCCCCCAUCGCCAAGAAUUUUCUAAAAUGUAUACCAAACAUUAAAUUAAGCCUUUUUUAAGCCUAUAUACUCGCCUAUUCCUGUAAAAGUUUUUUAAGAACCAUUCUCAUUUGUCAGCCUGAAGUGGUUCACUGGUUCUUGUAUGUUGGGAAGGGGCUACUUAAAAAAAUGGAUUAUUAUAGUAUAUAUUAAUGCAUGCAAUAUAAAUGACUAUAUACAAGUUUAAUGACAUCAAAUAUUAAAGAUAUUUCAGUGGCCAAUGCCAAUGGAGUUUGGGUAAUGGUCGAGGGUCGAGGUUCGGAAGUCGAGGUCGAGGGUCAAAAGUCGAGG